CUCGAAUUACAACUGAGUAUCGUAUCGAGUUAUUUUGAAUCUUUUGUCACAGUUUCGGCAGCCGCAGUAUCGGCGAUAUGCAGCGAUCGUGAUAAUAGGGGUAUUGGCGGAGAUUCUGUGUAAUUGGAAAAAUGAGCAGAGCAGCUGAAGUGAUGAAAUGGAUUUUCGUAUAUCUCUGUCUGUCUCAAUGCGCGUACGCACGGCGUAUCCUCGAAGAGCCGAAAGUGCACUUCUUGAAUCCAGGUGACAGCGUAGAAAAUAAUAGACCUGGACUCAAAACGUAUUGUCACAAUGCUACAUCAAAAUAUUUGACACACAUAUGGAGAACGAUGACUAUGCAUUUGAAUAUCAAUUCGGACUCCUUUGUCUUGUAUGACGGUAAAUCGCCUCGUGAAAUUCUCCAGAAGCACGAUGAAAACGAAGGAUCCUGGAGUUACAGCCUGUUCGACACAGGAAGGCAUAAACAAUUGAAAGUGGAUCCCUUUGAAAAUAGGUGCAUAGGUGUUUACGUAGACUCCGUCAAAGAAUCUGGGUAUAUAAUGACUCUGUCGGAAACACGUAUCAACGUUUGGAGAUUGACGAUGAUGAUAAUGGGUAUCAUAAUUUUCUCGGCUGCGCGGAUACUGAGCCAGAAUUCAUUAUUUUACUAUGUUUGCGGUAUAGCGUUCGGUGUCUCUUUGUCUAUCAUAAUCUUGAUAUACAUGGCAGGAAAAUUGGUGCCACGGGGAAAAGUUAUGUACUUAUUGUUCGCUGCAUCGAUGAGCGUGUACCUUGCGCAAGCAUUGUGGGAGAAUGCACAGUUAAUCGCGGUACAGUAUAGAGAAUGGGUCAUGUGGUACAUCCUCGUUACGUCUCUGAUUAGUUUUGUAAUCUGCUACCGUUUCGGCCCGGUUACCAACGCGAGAACGAAGAAAAUAAUACAAUGGUUUUUACAGCUCGUGGGAUUAUUACUGAUAUAUAAUAGUAGCCACUUCCGAGAAGCAUCUUUAUCGUGUUGCAUUGUGCUCGUGUUUCUUUAUAACUUGCCGAAAGCAAUGAUUAAUCGAAGCAGACAAUACUGGCGAAACGUGUUUCCGGAAAAGCGAAAAUUGCUAGACGAAGAUGAGUAUCGUCAAGAAGGAAUACGAGAAACUAAGAAAGCUUUGAAAGAAUUACAGAAGUAUUGCGCCAGUCCAGAAUGCAAUUCUUGGAAAACCGUCUUAAGACUCAAAGAUCCUAUAAGAUUUGCGAAAUUUAUGGAAGGGGAGUCACAUCUAUCAGAAGAUGAAGUGGAUAAUCAUGAAGAAGAAAUAUCAAAAAUUAUAGAGAAAGCUGAGUUCACAGACGAUGAGGAUUUUUAUUAAAUACAAGAAAUAGUACUUAAUUAAGAUCAAAUAUUACACAUGUAAAAAUAUAUAUUUAAUUUGUAGUAAAAAUUAAUAUUUUUGUAAUAAUAUAUAAAGCGUCAUGUUUCUUUUUUUAUAAACCAUAACAGUAAAAAGUAUGUUUCGUGCAUUUAAAUAAACUAUGAUAUAGAAUUGUUUAAAAAAUUUGUCCAUACGUUUAUUCACGUAUGCUUUUGGUUGUUAUUAUGUACCAGAAUAAUAAGUUUUGUGUUACAUCAUGUAAGAAUUACUAUAUUGAAUUUUUCUUAGAAAUACAUAUGUAGUUUUGUGAAAAAACUCUACCAAUAUUGACAUAAUGUUGUUCUGGUUAUAAAGAGUGGAAGUAAAUAAAUGAAAUAAAUAAAA